AUGGCAGUCAAUCAGUUUGUGUCAGAGGUGCUGCUGCGCAAGAACUUAGGUGCUGUUUCACGACAGUACUACGGCUCGUACCUGGCCUCCGAGCUGCUGGGCGUGCCACUGCUGCUGCUCUGGCGGCUGGAGCUGGGCGUCCUCGUCAUCAGCUGCCUUAACCUGGCCGUCCACAUGACCCGCUACCUGUACCCGGGCCUGGGCUGCACCGUCUUGAGCCUGACGGACGAGCAGAAGCGCCUGCUCAGCGACGGCUCGGCCAGCGCCGGCUGGACCACGCACGGCUCGCCUUACGGCCAGCACGGCUCGCCCUACGGUCAACAGGGAUCGCCCUACGGUCAACAGGGCUCGCCCUACGGUCAACAGGGCUCGCCCUACGGUCAACAGGGCUCGCCUUACGGCCAACAGAGCUCGCCCUACGGCCAACAAAGCUCACCCUACAGUCAGCCAGGCCCGCCCUUCGGUCAGCCAGGCUCGCCCUACGGCCAACAGAGCUCGCCCUACGGUCAGCCAGGCUCGCCCUACGGCCAACAGAGCUCGCCCUACGGUCAGCUAGGCUCGCCCUACGGUCAGCGCGGCUCGCCGUACGCCCAGCGAUCGCCGCUGGCGCCGCCGUCGGUCGGCCGGCCCCGUAUCAGCACGCCCGUCAACCGGCCGGCCAUCGAGAUCACCGACAAGGACAGCUUCCGACAGUACAUGGCGCAAUACGAGGAGGCGGAGCGACGACGCAACGCACUGAACGCGUCGAUGGAAGCGUCAGCCAAUCAGAGCCAGAGCUUCUGGAAUCACAGCAAUUCCUCUCUGGCGGACUUGUUCACGCACUCACCGCAGAAACACGUGUACCAGCUGUCUGUGCGCGACCCGCCGGAGACGGACGACGGCUCGGCCGCCGACGAGAAGGCGGAGAGCGCACUGCACUCGUCACUGGACCGCACCUGGGCGCGCCUCGACGUCAGCCGCGACACGCUCUUCCGCUGGACGGAGAACGUGCGCGUGUGGCUCUGCCAGACCAUCCUGGUGCGGCUCGUGAAAGAGAUCGACUCGGUGAACGCCGCGCUGAGGAGACACGGUCUCUCGGAGAUGCAGAUCGGCGAGGUGGGGCUGGAUAAGCUGAGGAAGACGUCCCAGCUGGUGCGGGACGUGCCCACGCUCAACGCCGUCCUCCAUUUUCUCUCCGUCUCCACGCACCAGGAGUACGUAGUGUUUCGCAUACGAGAGCUGAGCCGCGGCGGCUGUCUGAAGGAGUUCCGCUGGAACGGCGGCGGCACACUCCGGGGCAAGGCCUGGGAGGAGCACCUGCCCACCGACUCGGCGCUGGUGAUGCAUCUGCUGGCGGCCUACAUGGACGCCCGCCUGCCGCCGCACCCGUCGCACCCUGACGGGCGCACCUUCACAAACGAGCACGUGUGCCGGGCACCGGACGAGCCGGCGGCCGGCCGACACCGGCUCGUCAUUCACCAGACCGAGAUCACGCCGCCGCGCUUCUCACUGGUCAGCGGCCAGGAGACGCACCAGCUGGCCAAGGGGCGGAACAACCUGUUCCACACGCUGCUGCUGUUCCUGUACAUAGUGCGGCACAAGCACGACUCGAUGCUGGACAAGAUCCACAUCGGUCCGACCGGGCUCAACAUGCUCUGGAUCAUCGAGUGACGCCUGGCCGAGGCGCUGGCGUCGGGGCUGGGCCGGGACGGGCCGCGCGGUCGGUCGGCGGUCCGCCCCGUCCAGUAAUGACGCCGUCCGCGGUGGUCGCCUGGUGACCAGGACUGCGCGACGCUCAGGCGGCCGCUGGCCCCGGGGCAGCUCGUGUGACGUCACCGGCGCCGCAGCGGGCCGGGCGGUGAUCGGAGCGCGCCGGGCCGGCGCUGGCGCUGCGUUACAAGCAUCGCGGCGCGGUUCUCCGGGCCGGGCAUCACCCCGGCUGGUUCAGCCCGUGUUGUGCGGCGUUUCCGUUGGCAGCGGGCUGCUUCGAGUCGGUGGCUUCGCACUGCUUGGAAUGGAUCGAUCCACACGCCCAUUAUUGAAAUUGGGGUGCUGCAUAUGGAUAGCUCCUCUUGAUAACGGGCUCGAUGUUGUCUAAAGCGAUGCUGACCGCACCGUUUUGAACGUGAUGGAUUGCCCGCCGCGUAUGGUGAAGCUGUUUUUAUGGCUCAUUUGGUCUCAUGUGCGUUUUCAUCAGUGACUGUGAUGUCAGCAUACAAAUCACAUGCUCAUUACCAGUGUUGUCGACAGUGAUGGA